AUGCCCAAAGACAGUGACGUACCCCAGCCGGGGCCCGCGCGCCUCGCCAAAGGGGCCGGCCCCGACGAGUGGCUGGAGCAGGCGAAGCAGUGCAAGUACCUGCCCGAGGCCGACAUGAAGCGGCUGUGUGAGAUUGUGAAGGAGUGUCUGAUGGAGGAGUCCAACAUCCAGCCCGUGCGCACGCCCGUCACCGUGUGCGGCGACAUCCACGGCCAGUUUUACGACCUGCUCGAGCUGUUCCGCGUCGCCGGCGGCAUGCCCAAUGACAGCCCGCAGGCGCCUCAGGCGCCGCCCGUCACGCUGCCCAGCCAGAUCAACCCCGCCGAUCUCGAGCCGCCGACGAGCAUCACGGACCCCAAGGUCAAGCGCAAGAUGAAGCGGCGGUUCCAGCGCGACCCCAACUACAUCGGCCCGGCGAGCCCGCCGGACGGCGACGGCGACGACCUGGAGGGCGACGACGACGACGAGGAGACGCGGGGCCGCAGCCGCAGCGUGCACGACCGGCGCAGCACAGGCUCCUUCUCGGACGCCGGCUCGACGCGCAACACGGUGGUCGGCAACGGGCAGCAGAACUUUGUCUUCCUCGGCGACUUUGUCGACCGCGGCUACUUUAGCCUGGAGACGUUCACGCUGCUCAUGUGCCUCAAGGCCAAGUUCCCGGACCGUGUGACGCUGGUGCGCGGCAAUCACGAGUCGCGGCAGAUUACGCAGGUCUACGGCUUCUACGAGGAGUGCCAGACCAAGUACGGCAACGCGUCGGUGUGGAAGGCGUGCUGCCAGGUGUUCGACUUCCUGGCGCUCGCCGCCAUUGUCGACGGCAAGGUGCUGUGCGUCCACGGCGGCCUGUCGCCGGAGAUACGCACCCUGGACCAGAUCCGCGUCGUCGCGCGCGCCCAGGAGAUUCCCCACGAGGGCGCCUUUUGCGACCUGGUCUGGAGCGACCCAGAGGACGUGGAUACGUGGGCUGUGUCGCCGCGCGGUGCAGGGUGGCUGUUCGGCGACAAGGUCGCCAGCGAGUUCAACCACGUCAACGGCCUGCAGCUGAUUGCCCGCGCCCACCAGCUCGUCAACGAGGGCUACAAGUACCACUUCAAGGACAAGGAUGUUGUUACCGUCUGGUCCGCGCCGAAUUACUGCUACCGCUGCGGCAAUGUUGCGUCUAUCAUGAACCUCGGCGAGGACCUCAAGCAGGACUUUCAGAUCUUCAGCGCUGUGCCGGAUCAUCGCCGUGCUGUGCCUGCUGGUCGUGGCGGACGGGGUGAGUACUUCUUGUAG